AGCGGAGCCCGCUCCGGGCGCAGGUUAUAAAGGCUCGGCUGCGGCAGCCCACUGCGGAGUCAAGAUGCGCCCCAAGGAACAGGUGCAGAACAGUGCGGGGGACGGGACGGGGUCUGGGGACCCAGCAGCAGGGACCCCCGCGACCCAACCUGCAGCCAGUCCGGCCCCGGAGCCCUCGGCGGAGCCCAAACCUGCUCCUGCGCAGGGAACCGGGUCCGGACAGCGAGCUCCAGGAUCCCGAACCAAGUCAGGAAGCUUUUGUCGGUCCAUGAUCAUCGGUAAUUCGGACGCGCCAUGGACCCGUUAUGUAUUCCAGGGGCCUUAUGGUCCCCGGGCCACUGGCCUGGGCACUGGAAAAGCCGAGGGAAUCUGGAAGACGCCAGCCGCGUACAUCGGCCGGAGGCCUGGCGUGUCCGGCCCUGAGCGCGCCGCGUUUAUUCGAGAGCUGCAGGAAGCACUGUGUCCUAACCCACCUCCCACGAAGAAAAUCACUGAAGAUGAUGUCAAAGUGAUGCUAUAUUUGCUGGAAGAGAAAGAACGGGACCUGAACACAGCUGCUCGCAUCGGCCAGUCCCUGGUGAAACAGAAUAGUGCUUUGAUGGAGGAGAAUAACAAGCUGGAAGCAAUGCUGGGCUCAGCCAGGGAGGAGAUUUUACAUCUCCGGAAGCAGGUGAACCUGCGAGAUGACCUCCUUCAGCUCUACUCGGACUCCGACGAUGAGGAGGAGGAUGAGGAGGAGGAAGAAGAGGAAGAGGGGGAAGAGGAGGAGCAUGAAGGACCGCAGGAUCAAGACCAACAGCAUGAUCAUCCUUAUGGUGCCCCCAAGCCGCCCCCUAAGGUGGAGUCACAGCACCGCUGCCCACAGCUGGAAGCUCUGCAGCAGAAACUGAAGCUACUGGAGAAAGAGAAUGACCACCUGCGAGAGGAGGCCUCUCACCUUGACAACCUGGAAGACGAGGAGCAGAUGCUCAUCCUGGAAUGUGUGGAGCAGUUUUCUGAAGCCAGCCAGCAGAUGGCAGAGCUCUCGGAGGUGCUGGUCCUGAGGCUGGAGGGUUAUGAGCGGCAGCAGAAGGAGAUCACCCAGCUGCAGGCCGAGAUCACCAAGCUACAACAGCGUUGCCAGUCGUAUGGAGCCCAGACAGAGAAACUGCAGCAGCAGCUGGCUUCGGAGAAGGGAGUCCACGCAGAGAGCUUUCGCGCGGGCUCCCACGUGCAGGAUUAUGGGAGCAGGUUUCGCGAUCGCCAGGAGGAUGGGAAGAACCAGCGCCAGCGCUCCUCGAUGCCUACGACUUCUGUCACCCACUAUGGAUACAGUGUGCCUCUGGACGCGCUUCCCAGUUUCCCACAGACGCUGGCUGAGGAGCUCCGAACGUCUCUAAGGAAGAUCAUCACUGACCCUGCCUAUUUCAUGGAGAGAUGUGACAUCCGCUGCAAGGAGGAGCGAGAGCAGGCGCAGGGGGCGAUGCCACCACCCCCACCGCCACAAGAUCUCAAGCCACCUGAAGAUUUUGAGGCUCCAGAGGAGCUGGUGCCUGAGGAGGAGCUGGGGGCCAUAGAAGAGGUGGGGACGGCCGAGGAAGGGCUGGCGGAAGAGGCAGACCGCGUGUCUGAGGAGACCGAGGCCUGGGAGGAAGUGGAACCAGAGCUGGACGAGGCCACAAGGAUGAAUGUGGUGGCCUCCGCCCUGGAGGCCAGUGGCCUGGGCCCUUCCCACCUGGACAUGAAGUACGUCCUCCGGCAGCUGGCCAACUGGCAGGAGGCCCAUUCCAAGCGGCAGCAGAAGCAGAAGGCGGUCCCGAAAGACUCUGCCCUGCAGCAAACAAACAUGGGAGAGGGGCGGGAUCUUGGUGCAGCAGCCCAGGGUCAGACCCAGAACCAGAGGCUGGAGGAGGACAGCACCGCUAACUCUUCAAUGCCAGGUCAGGAGGAGGGGCCUUCAGGCCACAGUCGGACCAGUCCCCUGGGCUUUGCUGUUUCCCAGCAGCCUGCAGAGGCCCCACAGACAGCUUGAGACCCCUUCUGCUGCUGCCUGCCUAAGUCAUUCCCUUCCUUCCCUUCCUUUGAAACAGGACCUCACGUCUGUAGGCGGGCCUUUCCCUGUCCUGGCCCAAGCUUUUGCUCUCUUCUAAGGCAGAUGGAAAGAACCCUAGUUCCUCAUUCUGAAACUGGUGUCAAAAUUGUGGCUACUGGGGCUCCCGGGGUGGAAGCAACCUGUGGGCAGACUGGCUGGCUACUAGACCCAGUUCUGAGACAGGUGUGAUUGGUCAGGGUGGGGGCCCAGGUUCCUAGGUUAGGCAGUUACUAGGAGGAGCCUCUCUAUCCCUUGAACCACUCAUAUAAAGGGACCUCCCCAGUCCUGGUUGGCUUUUGGAACCUGAUUCUUUUUUGCUAUCCCUCGUCCUUCCUGUUUCUAUUGCCGUGUGUAAUGUGAAGUGUAUCUGAGUGGGGGUGGCGGAGGGGUCCCUCCUCCCUGUGGCGUCUCAGUCUCUGGUGGCCUGUGAGUUUCCCUCUAGAGUUCUGCCCUUCCCUACAUCUUCGCUCAUGCAUAGCUGCGGCCUCAGUGCCUGCCCUGCUCCUGCACUGCUCCAUAGUCUUGUAGCUUUGUCAGCCUUUGUAUCGAUGUAUGUGCCCGCGUGGAAAUAAAGAACUUG